UCAUGAGGGGCUAGUGUGACUCUGGACUGGCUCCAUUUGGAAGGUCCAGUUGCCACCCCACCCUGCGAUGACAUAACAAUGCAGCCACUUCUGACACAGGCUUGUAGCUGUUUGCCACAUAAUCAGUAUCCAAACACCUCCUCGCAGGGGCUCAUGGUACGAAUAUUGCCCUCAGUUUAAGAUGCGCCUAUUGGCAGCCACUGCGUCUACCAUCGACACCGGCACCCAUAUUUCCCAUAACCUGUUCAAACAUGGUGGAUUACUAUGAAGUUCUAGGAGUGCACAGAGACGCUUCACCUGAGGACAUUAAGAAGGCUUACCACAAAGAAGCCCUCAAAUGGCAUCCUGAUAAAAACCCGGAAAAUAAAGAAGAAGCAGAGAAAAAAUUCAAAGAAGUGGCGGAGGCCUACGAGGUAUUAUCGGAUGAUGAAAAGCGGGACAUUUAUGAUAAAUUCGGCAAAGAAGGAUUAAAAGAUGAAGGCAGAUGGCAGUUUGACGGUGAAUGUGAGCACAGUUUUGUAUUUCGUAGACCAGACGAUGUCUUCAAUGAAAUAUUUGGGCAAAGGGACCCGUUUUCAUUUCAUUUCUUUGAAGACUCACUCGAGGAACUCCUGCAGAACCCCAGAGGCUGCUGUGGGAGCAGGUGCCCGGGGGCCGGGUGCUUUGUCCCUGCCUGCAGUGAAUACCCAGCCUGGGAGACGUUUCCUCCCUAUGAGCCAGGAUACACAUCACUCGGGUCCCUGGGGCAGGAGGGCCUUUCUUCUUUCUCCUCGCUGGCCUUCGAGCAUGAUGGGAUGGGCAAUCACAUAUUCCUUUCAGGCAAAUUUGCCAACGACAGAAACACGGGUAUCUAUGCAAAAAUUGUUGAGAAUGAUCUAGAGGGAGAAGCUGAAGAUGAAGGGCAGUUGAAAUUCUUCCUUGCGGAUGGUGUGGUGGAUAUGGAAGGCUUUCAAGAAGAAACCAGCUGGAGAAGACCACCUUUCCACCAUUGUUCACCCAACUCCUACAGCCCCGCCCAUGUGUGUCAAUAUGCUUUCGUGGACAAUGACGUGCAAGGCAUACCUUGGGUCAGCAACUCCUGGGAGCCCUCUAUUUUCUCCACGGGGUUCAAAGAAGGGGGUAAGAGGAAAAAGAAGAAGUACAAAGAGGUGCAGAAGAAGAAGUCCACCAAAAGGAAUCAUUAAAUUGACUCUUUAGACACAUUA